AUGGCAGAUAACGGAGAGGGAUCGUCCCUCACCCCGUCCCGUUCUAUGCCCAUAGCCUCGUCCUCCGUGCGCUCGAGGUCGCCCGGUCCUGAUGUAGGAAAUAGACAGGCAUCCAUGGCUCGCCUCGCCUCACCGGUGCCUUCCCCUUCUUUGGGGACAUCCUUGUCAUCCCGACAAGGAAUCCCAGCCAUGCGACCUGUGAUGAACACUGCUGAGCAGGAAUUUUCGAAGUCAUACAACAACCAAGCAUCGCUUCCUGGUCCUGGGCACUCUAUGCUGGCCUCACAGAUCCAAGAAAGCCUUGGUCGUUCACCGCCGCGAUUUGGAACUCCCUCGCGAUACACGGGGUCACCUGCCCCGAAUCCGAUCUUCGACAACCGACCGGUUGCCUCUCAGUAUGGCUCGUUCGAUACUAAAAAUGGAUCAGAGGUGCCUGGCAUGGGGCCGAAUGAAGACCCCGAGGUCAUCAAGAGACAUUUAGUCAUGGAUCACGGAGACAACCAGUCUGAGAUCGCCACUAGCUUUGGUGGUGAUGACCACUUCUCGAGCUUACAGCUACAGGGUGGUGAUAUUACACGUCAAGUAUAUCGUUGGGCGGAGGACGCUGAGGCUGAAGCUGCAGGGCGUUUCCUGCGCAGCAAGAGUUUCAGCGUGAGUCGGCCUAGACCAGAAGUUGAGACGGAAGACAUUGAUAGCAUUCGGGUUCCGGGAGGAUUCCGCAGAGACUAUCUCCGCAGAGCAGCUGGAAGCCCUGUGCGUGGAAGUGCUCAGGGGUCUGUUCGAGGAGGACCCAAUGGACAUGCUCCCCCUCAGCUGCCAACAACCAGCUUCUUGGAGUUCUUGACUCUCUACGGUCAUUUUGCCGGUGAAGAGCUAGAGGAAGACGACGAAGUCUUGGGUCCGGAUGAGUACUUCUCGUCCGAUGCUUGGGACGAGCCAGAAGAGGGCAGGGAGUCCGGAGAAGACGCAGCCCUGUUGCAGGGCGAGACCCCAGGUCGCAAGAAGAGAAAGCACAAGCAGCGCUCACCGGGCGGAACAACAACUACAACAGGCGCCGUGCUUCUGCUGCUCAAGUCCUUUGUAGGUACCGGUAUCCUGUUCUUGCCCCGUGCUUUCUUGAACGGCGGCAUGCUUUUCAGUAGCAUGGUAUUGCUGGGAGUCUCGAUCCUCAGUUACUACGCUUUCAUCCUUUUGGUCAACACUCGCAUGAAGAUCGAGGGUUCUUUUGGUGACAUUGGUGGCAUUCUGUAUGGAAAGCAUAUGCGACGUAUCAUCCUUGGGUCCAUUGUCCUCAGUCAGCUUGGCUUUGUGGCAGCAUAUAUCGUCUUCGUUUCGCAAAAUCUGCAGGCAUUCGUGCUGGCCGUGAGCAAGUGUGCCACUUUCAUCGAUAUCAAGUACAUGGUCCUGUUGCAGUUGAUCAUCUUCUUGCCUUUGUCCUUGAUUCGGGAUAUCAGCAAACUUGGUUUCACAGCAUUGAUUGCUGAUGUUUUCAUUCUUCUGGGCUUGCUUUACAUCUACUACUACGACGUUAGUACUUUGGUUAGCCAGGGCGGCAUUUCAGAUGUCAAGUCCUUCAACCCCACCACCUGGUCCAUGUUCAUUGGUACCGCGAUCUUCACCUAUGAGGGUAUCGGCCUGAUCAUUCCGAUUCAAGAAUCCAUGAAGAAGCCUACCAGAUUCCCUGGAGUGCUAGCUGGUGUCAUGGUCGUCAUCACUUUCAUCUUCCUUUCUGCGGGUGCGUUGAGUUACGCCGCCUACGGAUCGGCCACCAAGACUGUCAUUCUCCUCAACCUUCCUCAGGAUGACAAGUUUGUCAAUGUGGUUCAGUUCCUUUACUCGCUUGCUAUUUUGCUUAGCACUCCGCUCCAACUCUUCCCCGCAAUCCGUAUCAUGGAGAACGAGCUGUUCACACGCAGUGGAAAGUACAACCCAUACAUCAAGUGGAAGAAGAACGGUUUCCGUUUCUUCCUAGUCAUGGUUUGUGCCAUCAUUGCCUGGUGUGGUGCGGAUGAUCUCGACAAGUUCGUUUCGCUGGUCGGAAGCUUUGCCUGUGUUCCAUUGAUCUACGUCUACCCGCCCCUCCUCCACCUUCGCGCUUGUGCUCGUUCCAAACGCCAAGCCAUUGCCGAUGUGACACUCGCUGUUUUCGGCGCGAUCUGUUGCAUAUACACAACCUCUUUGACCGUUGCGAGCUGGAUGGGUCCCACGGCCCCGCAAAGCCCCGGAUACUGUGACUCGCCUUAG